UCUCACUUCAUUUAGACAAACGACCAGCAGCGAUGAAGGUGUCGUUGAGCGUUGGAGCGCUCCUCGCAGUGACGGCUGCUGCCGCCGCCGAGACGAGCUACUUGUUGCUUCAUCGGACGCCGUCGACCUCGCCUGCUUGGUCGGAACGUGCAAAGAUCUACCUCGAGCCAGGUUCGGCGCCCCGAUACGAAGAAGUGACGUCCAAAGUGCCCAAGAUCGACGCCGGCGAUGCAAGGGGCAUCUACCAACUUGCUCUUGUCCCCGCCGACGGCAACAAGAAGGUAGUCGACGAUAGCACGCCAAUGACGUUUGCCAAGGCCUGUCACCUGUCUGCUCUCCUGAACGAGAGCAUCACGCUGCACCUCGACGAAUCCCGACAAGCGGUGCAUGGAAUCAGCUACGAUCUAAUUGGGCUUGAGGUCGGUCCACACGGCUGCCCGCUGAAGUCGCCCUCUUCCUCCAGAGACAGCAGCCCUACUGUUCGCGUCAAACUCGCGACCCCUCAGGAUGCCAUCUCGCCACCUCCCCGCGGUCCUCCUCCAACAAAGGCAGACGGGACGCCGCUCAAAGAGGGCGAGGCUCCGCCAAAGGAAAAGAGCUUCGUGGCAAAGUACUGGUACUGUGAGUCGGAUCCUGCCCAGAGGUGAGAACUGUUUGCAAGGAUCGUUAAUGACUUUCUAUCGGAACAGACUUUGUCCCCAUUCUCAUUCUCAUGGCGCUGCCCACCGAGAUGGCCGACAGCGCAAAUGAGGAAGAGGAGAACGGAGGAGGCAGCGA